AUGACUGCAAAGAAGGAUAAGGACUACAAGAAUCAUAAACACGGCAGUGAGUUAAGCGCAACAGCAAUAUCGUCCAAGCUAGACAGUCACCUAGCAAACCACACCGGUACUACCGCAUCAGGUCUGAUAUCGGCUCAGGAUCCUUUAAAACGCACCAACAAACCCCUGAUGGAGAAGCGACGGCGGGCACGCAUCAACCAGAGUUUGGCCAUCCUGAAGGCCCUCAUCCUCGAGUCAACGGUGAAGAGCAAGACGGGCGAUGGCCAGACGAAGCACUCGAAGCUGGAGAAGGCCGACAUCCUGGAGCUAACGGUGCGUCACUUCCAGCGGCACCGGAAUCUCGACAGUCCCGGCAUCGACAAGUACCGGGCGGGUUACACAGACUGCGCCCGGGAGGUGGCUCGAUAUCUGGCCACUCCGGAACCACCUCCACUACCAAGUGUCCCGACGCUCACAGAUGCCGGAUCGAAGGCACGGUUGUUGCGUCAUCUCGACAACUGUAUCGCUGAGAUCGACACGGAGAUCUGCCCCAAAGGGACCACCGGAAAUGGACACGUUCCGGUUACGGCGAGCGGUUCUGUUGGUCAGGACGCCAAGAUGUUGGUGGAUGGCUCGAGUGGAGCGGUGAUGUAUGAUGGGUUGAAGAAAGCCAAGGACAUGCUGGUGGACUAUGGCACGGGAGCCGUAAUACCACCGGACGGAAACCCGCUCGACUACAGCAAGUCAAACCGUGAGAUUGGCCGCUCGCCGUAUUCCUACCGAGGUUCUCCGACGGAUCUCGCUAUGUUGGCUGCCUCAAAGACACCCGGAAUGCUGCAUCAAGACGAGAACAACAACCGAGGAACGAGUGGUGGAACUAUGGGUUCAGUACACGGUGUGAAAGCCAGUGGUCACCAUCAUCACCUGCAUCAUCCGGCGACGGCGGUUUCAGUGGGCAACCUGGAGGAUAUGAUCCACGGUAGCGAAAUAGCGACAACCUCAGCCGGAGGCAGCCAUUCGGCGGCGUUAAACAAAAUGAUGCUUGGCCACCAUCAACACUCGCACCCGCACCAACAGCAGCACUCAAAACUGUCCAUAGAUAUGGCGAACCUGAAGAACUGCAGGUUGGAUCCGAGUGCGAUCAAGCACGAACCUGGCACAACCGCAGCGAUGCUGGCCAAUGGCUACUCCACCACGUCCUCGGCGGUGUCCUCUCCAACACCGUCACCUGCGGGCGGUAACCUAGAAUCCGACAAAGAUGUUUCAAACCACUCCGAGCAUGGCGUUGUUGUACCACCGGCGGCCGGAUAUCCGCCCCAAAGCCAGGUGGCAUUGCUUCUCCCCGACCACUACAUCCAGCUGGCGACGGCUCUCGGGCUUGGCAGCACACCACCCAUGAUGGAACACCCGAGUGCAGCAGCAGCCGCAGCAGCUGCUGCAGCAGCGGCCGCUUCACUCUCAAGCACCGACUUCGAGACGCUAAUCGAGCAGAACCGCCGACAAGCAGCCGUAAUGGCGCACGAGAAAAUGACGGCCGAAAUGCUUGGCAGUCUGCACGCACUUCCCGAGAACGUGGACGAGAGCUACUGGGAGUUGUACAAGAAGUCACUCGGCAUUCCGGACUCGAUCAGUAAGCUCAGCCUCACGGACGUACGGGCGCUAAUGGCAAAGGGCAUACCGAUGACCGGACCAUUGCCGAAGGAAGAAUGUGUAAGUCCUCCCGUAGGACCACCAGCGCCCGCGGCCACCGUCACAAAGAUGGAGGUCGACGAACAGCACCACACCGUUCACGCACCGGUUCCGGUGAAGGCAGAACCACCGAUUGACGUGUCACCGGAGCCCGGUAAUUGCGACCCGGACUGUGAGGUGACGGGCGAGAGCCUACACGUGAAGAAGGAAUCGGUGGAUGGGGACACGCCAAUGAUAUCGACACACCCGGAAGCACCCCGUACGCCCUACCUAGACGAACGGGACCACCGGAGUGUGAGUCCACGAUCGCUCGAGGAUCGUCGAUCGCCAGCUAGCAGCAGUGCCAGUGGAAGCAGCGAACGAUGCAGCAGCAACAAUGGCGGACCGAUGGAUGGCAUGCAUUCCCAAACAUGGCGCCCUUGGUAAAGGCAACCUGCGUCUCUUCCGCGAGAGUGGCGUCAGACAGUGUAAAUAUUCCCAGUACAUGUGCAAUAAUUCUACUACGUUUGUAAGUUGGCAUGGUCCCACGGUGGGUCGUAAGGGCCAGUUUCACGCCCAUCCAGGUGGCGUGUUUUAUUUCCCUCUGCUUUGUGGGUUCAAGCAUGCGGUCGAUUGCCGUUCGAUCGGUUUGGGACAUACUUCCACUGCACCUCCCGGGGAUUCCUGUCGUUCUCCGGGGCGAAUGUCUCAUGCGAAUUCGAACUGGCACACCGCGGAGAGGCUUUACGUGGAAAACGAACCCGGAAUGUGCGUAGAUUAUAGAAGAAACCAAAAAACCGAUGCAUAUAGUUAUAUCUAACCAAACCGAUCGCUUGCUAUCAUUACAUGAACUCUAUGAUUACUGAAUGUGAAGUCUUCUUGUUCUGCGUAAACAACAAAAAACACUAGAUUUUAGAUUGUAACUAAAGAACGGGUGAUGUGAACAAGCAUAGAAGCAUAACACAAGGCAGCGCAACAUUUCGUGGUAGCUCUUAGAGGACACGGUCAUGAAAGCCUACAAUAUGAGCGAA